UGAUGCAGUAUUCGCAAAUUAAACGAUUCAGCAUUUUCGAUUCCGGCUACCCUUAACCGGCGUCUGCCGAUUCGUCAGCUCUGUCUAGUAAUCCGGUGAGUACGGGAGCUUAACGACGAGUCGAUCAUGGCGGUCGGCGUCGGGAGGCAGAGGGCAGCGUCCUUGCUACCGUAUAUAGUGAAAACACUUCGGAAGGAAUCCCUAAAUCCUGCAAAUCAAACUCUCCCUUCUCUCAGGCGCAUGUUUUCCCUAUAUGACCAGAUAAAUAUAAUCGAUAGCGUACCAGAAGAUCAACUCCGAUUCAAAGAGUAUUCUGAGACCGGGUUCACGAUUAAUGGGGUUAAAUACGAGGGAAGCUUGUUAAUUGUUGAGAACAAAAUCAUGUCCUGGGCACCAAAAGUUUUUUCAGAGAUCAAUGCAGAGAGCUUAUCCAUUUUCAAGAUCCUGAGGCCUGUUCCAGAGGUUCUUAUUCUUGGCUGUGGAAGACAUAUUGAACCUGUAAAUCCAGAGCUUCGAAAAUUCAUUCGAUCCAUAGGCAUGAAACUGGAAGCAAUUGACUCGAGAAAUGCAGCUUCUACAUAUAAUAUAUUAAAUGAGGAAGGAAGAAUGGUGGCUGCAGCACUUCUGCCUUACGGAGUUUCUUCAUAAUUUCUGGUUAGCAUUGGCAAAUAUCUCCUCCCUGCGAGGCCUACGAUUAGGAUGUGAUCGCUUAUUUUGUUAUGGGAAUGCGGCCAUGUAAGUUUAGUUGUUAGCAGAAUCAACUAUGGAAAGUUUUCUUCUAUUUUUUCCAGUGUUUCACUGCUGAAAACUUCUGAAUUUUCUUCUCUUGCCCACAUAACUUUGUAAGUACUAAGAUAUAAUCAUCCAACUGGAGAGUAUACUACUUGAAAUGCUUUUCAAAAAUGGUCUCAGUUUCUUGAA